UAUGAGUUAGGAGGCCUAGUUAUCACUGUAUUUUUAUAUUUAGUUUUAAGUAAAUGUAUUUCAUGCAUGAAACUGUAACAGUAUGAAUGCAGAAAUCAAGUAAUCAAUAGGUGACUGGUACAAGCUGACUCGACCUAUAUAGAUACACUGAUGCACUGGCAUCUUCACUGCAAGAGUCUAUUGCCUAAACUACAGCCUGAAGACUGGAUCAUUUUAAUAUCUGCCAUGUACAUUGAAAACCACUUGGAUGUUCUUGGUUUAGGAAAAAGGCAACUUCAAACUUGGAAUGCUUUAGGAUCAUCAUCAAUACCUUGCUUAAAAUCGUUAAUGUCUUCAUCUAAACUAAAAGAUAUUUCUAAAACAAAAUCUUUAGCUUGGCAUCCAAAUAUGGGAGUGCAAAAUGUAGAAUUAGUUCCAUUGUCUUCAAAAGCUGUAUCGAGUUAUACUAUUGAUCCAGUCUACAAUAUGACUACACAGCCUUUGAAAUUUCCAAACCUGGUGACAGGUUUACCAAGAAAUCCACCUUACUCUUCUCAAACAGCUCUUUGUACAAGAUUUACACCAAAUGAGUGGUUUCAAAAACAAGUCAAAUUCUAUAACGAAGCUGACUCCAAUCGUUAUUAUUCUGAAAGAAUGAGAAGUGAUGCUGUAAAAGUUAUGAGAGAAGCUGAACAAAAAAUACAGCAUAAUCAAUAUGAUACUGGCAGAAGAAUAGGUGAAAGAAUAAGUGAUGUAACUUUUUGGCGUAAUGAAAUUGCAUCAGAAUUAGAAAAGCAAGUUCAAGAAAUAGAAAGACUUCAAGACUGCAGAGCCACUGUUGAAAAAGCAAUACAAGACAUUGAAAAUCCUUUACAUGUUGCUGAAGAAUGUUUAUACCACAGAGAAGCAAGAAAAGGAACUGAGCUUGUACAUGAUGAUCCUGAAAAGUCUUUACUUAGAGAAGUAGAAAUUUUGAAGAGUAGUCAGAAGAAACUUGACAUGUGUUUAGAUAAAGUUAAAGAUCAGCUCCGAAAUUGUAGAAUUUCGCAGAAUCAAUUAGAGCUUGAUCUAAAAAAUAAAGAAAAUGCUCUUGGUAUUGACUUAUUUUGUCAUCAAGUCAAUAACUCAAGUAGAGGAUUACAAUACUAUUCUGGAAUUGAGAAAUAUGAUCCUUGCGUUUCGAAGCCUGAAACUUGGGCCGAAACUGCUAAUCGAAUCAUUCAAAAGUCUCAAGCUGAAAGGACUAAAUCAUGUCAGUUGAGAUCUGAAACAGAAGCAUUGAUCAAUAGAAUUGCUCAAGAAAUGUGGGAUUCAUGGAAUAAUAGCAACAAUUCUUUGUCAAGAAGAUGUUCUGAACUAUUGGAAGCAAAGAGUAAAUUACAGCAACAUUUGCAUAAAGUUCAACAAGAAAUUUAUGAUGUAGAAAGAAAUUUAGAAUUAUUACGUAAAGCCAUAGCUGACAAAAGCUAUGCAUUAAAAGUGGCUCAUACUAGGUUGGAAGCACGUACUCAUCGUCCUGAUAUAGAAUUAUGUAGGGACAAUGCAUACAUCAGUUUACAGAGAGAAAUUGAAGAAAUUUAUGCUCAAGUAGAGAAAAUGCACAGAUCCUUAAAAGAAAUGGAAAAUCAACAUCAGAAAUUGUUGAGAAAUCGAAAUGGUCUAGAACAUGAUCUUGCAUUGAAAAUUGAUGCAAUAUACAUUGAUAAAGAUAAAGUUUGUGGAUUAAGACGUGCAUAUCCAGUAAAUGCAAUGUUUAGAUUUUAAGCUGGAAAUGCUUUUAGUAAAUUAACUUUAUAGUUUUUACCUUAUUUUGUAGUAAUUUUUUGUGAUAUUCUAGAACCUCAUAAAAAUAAAUUGCUAAUAUUGUGAAACUCAAAAUAUACAAUCAAAA